AUAAUACAAUUAAAUCAAGUGAUAUAAGCAAACCGCUGAGGAAUAGUUUUAUUCACGCUGGCCAUGGAGGUCAUGGAGCCGAGUCAUGGGGUAAUCCGGCUUAUAUUGACUCAAUGUAUCUGAAGAAUCCGAUGGAACCACCGGAUGUCCUGGGGAUCCAAUCGGACGAGCCUUCUGUUCCAAAACUGGCCAAUAGAAACAAAAAAACAAUACAUUUGUCUGACUUUAAGCAAAUUGAGUCCAAAAAGAUUAAUCAAUUCGGAUAUAAUAAACUCCAAAACGAAAAAGUAAUGGUUUAUAAGACUAAUGUGUCUAAUCUUCCGCGCCGUUCGUUAUCGUAUACACAACUGAAGACCGCAACCGAUCAGUGGAGUGAAGACCAGUCCAAUGGUCAGAGAGACGGCGUGUUAAUUGAUUUAAGCGAUGAGGUGUCCGUCGACUCAUUUACCGCUCAACAAAUUAUGACCGAAACUCAUAAAGCAUUGGUUUCUAUGAGUCAACCGGAAACGAGUGGACAGACACAUGAAACACAAGCCGUGACGGCAAGCAAUGAGUGGUCAGAAGACCGCACUUAUUGUAAUCUUCCCGUUGAGUCCCAAGAGUUGGCCAAUAGUUGCAAAUACUAUUCCCCGCCCUUAGAGUUCUCGGAUAUUCCCGUCAAUAAUGAGGACUCCUUUUCAAACAAAGACCGCUAUUAUUCUGCAGUCGCUUCCGGAGAAGAAUCUCAGAUACAAUGGACGCCUUCAGUGCCACAAAACAAUAUAUUUGGUCUCAACUAUAACACCAAUACUAAUACCAAUACCACGACUAAUGAACGCCAAUUCGAUUGGUUGGCGUCCAAAGUCAAUAAUAUUGGUUUGAAUGAAACACCAAAAGCUAUGGUUUCUAAUAAUUUCCAAGACUUUAGUCCACAAAAUAACGCAAACAAUGGUAACGAAAACAUAACAAAACUGAGUAAAGAAUUCAUUGAAGAACUCGAGUCCAAGUUUGUGAAGCCAUCGAAUCACACGAUAGAGACCUUUGAACCCAAUGCCAAAAAUAAGUGGACAGUGAGCCAAAUCCCAGUGCUAGAGCCGCCCCCAAAGUACGCCACCACCAGACGAUCAAACGCCACCUCCACUCCCACACACCCGAGCAAACCCUCUAACUCUGUCUUAUCGGACACCACGUUUGCCACCGUUUGUCUGCCAACAAAGCCAACGGUCGUCAACACGACUAACGCAGUGACAGCACAUGUGAAGCCAUUUCUCGUGAACCCGUCGGCCCCGAGUCGAGAGUCAAUCUACGGUCUCGGUGUCAGUCAUAACUCGAUUCCCGGAUCAUCACUGCCCACGAAAAUGGAUUUCCCACAGUCUUUGGUGACACGACUGCAGAACAGAGUGAAGAGUGCGACCAAAGAAGACUGCAUAACAGCCCUCUAUAAGAACAAUAUGGACGCCGUGGCCGCUCUCAAAGAACUGCAACUCUCAGAACUCAUGAAAUUAGGUAUUUGUACUCAAUUCGAGUGCGAAAAGGCGUUGAUGACAGCCAACUAUGACAUGGAAAUGGCUGCCUCUCACCUCUUGGACCAGUUGGCCGUCAAAUGA